AUGGACGACAAACACACACAUUCUGUGCGAGUAUCUAGUUCCAGCGAACAUGCAUCGACACUGCACUGGAGUGCAGAAUCACGGACACCUUCACCGCCCUCUUCAAUACUGUCUGGCGAUACCCGUGUGGCCAUUCCGCGCAAUGUGGUCGAACUUCUCGAACAGAAGCAGCUCGAUGUCGACUCCAAUGGCGUCGUACACUGGCAAGAAGACAGUCGAACACAUCCACGACACUGGCCCGUGUGGAGGAAGACCUUCGACUCCGGCGUCAUCUGUCUGCUAGAGUUCUUCACCACCCUCAUCAGCAACACUGGCUCCUCUGUCGCACGGUACGCCAGCGAAGAUGUUCACAUCAGCAAUGAACUGUCGAUUUUCUGCUUCGUUACACUCUACCUAUUCGGACAAGCCCUUGGUGGACUGGUGUUCCCGCCUAUCGCAGAGUCCUUUGGGGGUAGAACGAUCUAUCUGUUUGGAGCUGCUGGCUUCAGUAUAUCCUGUCUGAUCGUUGGUGCUUCACCCACAUUACCCGCUGUGAUCGUGGGCCGCUUCAUGUCAGGUCUAUUCUCUGCUAUGCCCACGGUCGUCGCCGUCGGCAGCAUCGAGAACAUGUGGGAUGCCAAAGGUCGAAUCUGGGUCAUCCAAUUGUGGGUCAUGGUCGCCAUCAUUGCUCUUGCCCUCGGUCCUCCCAUUGCGACAUAUGUGAGCGAGUCUAGUAUAGGCUGGCAAUGGGUCUACUACGGUGCAGCCAUUGGCAACUCCUUCAUCAUGCUCAUGUGCUUCUACAUGAGAGAAUCCCGCCCUGCACUCGUACUCCGCCACCACGUUCAUCUGAUCGAAAAAGCCACAAGUUUCAAAGGCCUCGCUCUUGAUGACGACCUUCGACUGCCGACGAUACGUGAAUUCACACAGCACAACCUGAUCUUACCACUUCGCCUCUGGUUCACAGAGCCCCUCGUCUUUCUCGUCGCUCUCAUGGCAGCCGUCUCAUUUGGCUUCAUCUACCUCUUUGCUGAAGCUCUCCACGUCGUCUAUCACGUGAACUUUGGCAUGAACGAGAAAGAGUCCUCCUUGACCUUCCUUGCUAUCGGAGUAGGAGUGUGCCUUACCUGGAUCCCUCGCCUCUACGAUGUCCACCUUUACAACGUCGAGAAGAAGACCGGUGUGGCCGUGGAGCCCGAGAAGAAACUACUGGGAUACUACGUGGCAGCCCCGAUCCUCGCCGCCGGACUCUGGUGGUUCUCGGUGACCGUCCCACCCCUUGUCUCCAACAUCACCAUCUGGGCCUCAAUAGUGUCUCUGGUUCUGGUGGGGUAUGGCGUCGUAGAGUUCGACUCUGUUCUUUGCGCAUACCUCACCGAUACAUACACCUCCUACGCUGGAUCCGCAAACGCGCCUGUAGCUUUCUUGAGAGCGGUUCUAUCAGGUGUAUUCCCGCUCUUCGCACCCAAGCUGUUCAAAGGCUUGGGUGCGAAUAAUGCCUUGUUCCUGCUCGCCGGUAUUGCUACGGCCUUUUGUGGUGUCGCAAUUGGAUUCCGGUUCUAUGCCAAGAGAAUCAGGGAGAGGAGUCCUUUUGCAGGCAAACUCAUGGGGAACGAGCAGGGGAAACCAUUGGAGAUGAAGGUGCAGAGAACCAUCAUCGUCUCUCGGCAGGUGUAG